AAACCACCGGAAACGGGUCACACGCGUGCGAGGGCACGUGCGCAGAGGACAGAGGUUGAGUCGCAGUUGAAGCGAAGGAGGAUGGGAACAGUUUGCGGUUGUGACGAUCAAGGCUGCUAGUGACGCCCGGUCCAUGAUAUAGCGGCGGUUGCGGGCGUACUGGGAAUGCGAGGAAGACAGAGGAGGGAGGGGUUUGGAGAGUAGGCAGCAGAUCGGGUCAACCGAGGUUGCUUGCACUUGGUUGCCGGCCUGCACAGAUUUUCGCAACCAAGGUCGCCCGAGACGCAGAGAACGACGAGAAGAAGAGACACUCGACUUGCAAGCCACUGCUAUGGGACCAAACACAGCAGCGCUGGUGAGCACGGUGGGGACUAGGAAUGGAAGGGGGACGAGCCGCGAAGAGGUGGGCGCAGGACGCAGGAGGUGGGCGCCGUCCGGGUGGAGGGUGGCGAUGGCAACAGUCAUCCUGGCUGCGAUAGCCGUCGUAGGCGGGCGAGGCGCCCACGGGGCAGCAGUGGGCGAGGAUAGGGUGCAGGUGGCGGUGAGUGUGAGCCCGUCGCCGCAGUCGCCCGGGCAGGUGGGCUGGUCCCAGGUAGGUGGGCAGAGCCUUCCUGUGCUAGCCGGCGUGGCCGACUCGAUUGCGCUGGUGGCGGUUGCGGGCAGCGCGGCUGGGACAACCGGCGUGGUUUCGGUGACGUGGCCUGGCGGAAGCCACCCCGUGGCCGAGGCCAUUACAGGUGCGGACCCGGGGAUGUCGGGAACUUUGCUUGCGACCCCAUCUGAUGUUACUUUUUACUCUCAGUCGGUCGAGCUGCCGGUCUGGGCGAACAACUCGAGCCUGGCCGAUGCGGCGCGCGAGAAGAUGACGUCGCUGCUAGCGGACGGGCGUGGUUCGGACAUGGGACUUGCGCAUCCUGAGCGUGAUGCCGGGUGGGCAGUGUCACACAUGGUGGGGCUUGCCAACGCCAGCUCGGCCUUUGUCGUCCUGUCGGACACGUGGCGCAAGGCCAACGAGCCAAUGUGGCUCGUUGUCGCGGCGCCGUGCCAAGGCCAAGCUGAGGCCGCGGAGGUUGUGGUGACCAUCGCAGCACGGGAAGCAGGCAGCGGGGCAACCGAGGCGCCCGAAGUGACAACUGUGUCGCUUGAGUUUGAGUGCGCGCCGGCGUACGUGACGUGCGCAGAGCGCAACGACUGCUUUGCCGGCAGCGGCGGGGGCAAGUGCGUCAGCUCGUCUGUGGUACCGUACGUGAUGUGCGAGUGCGAGGAUGGGCGAUUUGGCUUUGACUGCUCCGGCGUGUUCCGGCAGCGGAUCUCGACAACGCCGCCUCCGCCUCCGCCUGGCGGGAUGUUUGUGCCGGGGGCACUUUCCAUUUGUGCAGGGACGCGAAUGGAGAUUGAUGUGGCGCCGCCGUCGAGCCACACGCCGUUUACUGGCGACGUAGUGGCGAUCUACGAGGCGACGUCACGCGAGGCGGUUGACUUUAAGUUUCUCUCUGACGACCGCUACCUCAUUCCAAGCCGGCCUAUUAUGUCUGCGACGAUCUCAUUUGACUAUGUUGACCCGGGCCUGUACCUGGUAGUCUACGUGGGCGUGAGCGCCGGAUACGAGCAAUUGGCCUCUGUGCUGGUCAUGGUUCUUCCUUUUGGCCAGCCGUGCUUCCCGUCGUGUGACGUGUCGGCAGGCCGCAGUGGAUGCUCGAAUCACGGAACGUGUGUCGACGCUGGGCCUUAUGGUGGGAUGUGUAUGUGUGAAGAGUCGUACUUUGGUGCUCAGUGUGAACUCGGGUGCGGCAGUGUCAACAUCUCGGCGUGGGGUGGGGUGCUGGUUGACGGAUCUGGGCCGUCGCUGCCGUCGAAACAAGCGACUUCGUGCCGGUGGCGCGUAAGCUCGACGGAGGCCGAAGCGACAACGAUGCGAGUGAUGUUCCGGCAGUCGACGGUGGAUCCGAACACGCCGCUGGAGCUGGAGAGUCCGGGCCUGACUUCGCCGAUCCAAAUUCGCGGCUCUGUGGUACCGGAACCGUUUGACGUGCCGGUGCCGUUUACGAUCAAGUACGACAGCUCGUUCUUUCAGCCGCAGUACGGGUGGGAGCUUGUGUUCUUUACUCGUGGUUGUCCGGCCGGCUCGUUUGUUGACAUGGCGCCGACCGCGGCACCAGGCAACGGCGCGCCGGUGUGCCGGCCAUGCGGGCAUGGGAUGUACUCGCCGGUUGCCGACUCGCUUGAGUGCCUCCCGUGCCCGGCUGGGACGACCGGCGAGGGACCUGGCAUGGCGUCGUGUACAGUGUGUCCACCCGGGCGAUACCAGCCAUCCUCAGGAGGAACGGCAUGCCUCAAGUGCCCGUCGGGAAUGAGUGCGUCCCAGCCGGGGGCGACGACAUGCGACCCCUGCGCGGUGGGAACGUUUGCGUCCGGCAUUGAGCAUGCGACCUGCAAUCGGUGCGAUGUCUCCGGGUUUGCACCGGAUGUGGGCGCGACGAAGUGUGUCCCGUGCCCUCUCAACACGGAAGCACCGUUUCUGGGCGCGACGACGGUUGAUGAUUGCGAGUGUAUGGCGGGUACGUACCACCCUAACGCCACGGGCGGCGAGCCGUGUCUCAUUUGCCCUGACGGGGCGACAUGCGCUGGAGGCUUGGCACGGCCGCAGGCCAAGCACGGGUUCUGGUUCUCGGACGAGCAACCGUUCUCGUUCUACCGAUGCGUGGAUGCGGCGCACUGCGCUGGCGGCGGGUCCGAGUCGUGCCGUGGGCAUCGAACGGGCUUCCUCUGCUCCGAGUGUCCAGCCGGGAUGACAGCAUCGGGGCUUGGGUGCACCGAGUGUACGCCGUGGCGAACGUCGAUUCUACCGAUGGCCUCUGUGCUCGGCACGGUCGGGAUUGCGAUGAUGUACCGUAUGGCCAACCUGAACGACAACGACAACCUCAAGUCGACACUCGGGGUGGGCACUGCGCUCGGACUUUGGAUCCAGUACCUUCAGUUUGCGGUGCUGUUCCGGCGGUUUGCAGUUGCGUGGCCGUCGUCGACGACGUCGCUGCUGGGCACACUCGCGUUUGUUAACCUCGAUAUUGAGCAGUUUGCUCUUCCGUGCUCGAUGCCGUGGAACUACGGAGCAGUGCUUGCGAUACGGCUGGCGUUGCCGCUGAUGGUGGGCACGGUGCUCGUGGGCUGGCAUGGCGUCCACCGGCUGCACGCGGUGUGGGUCCGGAUUGUGCGCGGAUGGGCGCUGCGGCGGCUCCCGAAGCUGGUUUCUCCUGAAGCGCGUGCACGGUUGCACGAGACGAUGUGCAGCGGGCGAAGCGGGGUGGCUGACCGGCUCGUGGCUCGGAUCCGGCUGUAUGCCGGCGAGCUGCUCAUUGAGUACCAGCCGAUGAAAUGGCGGCGAACGUUCAACGCGUUCAUGCUCUUUACGGAAGUUGCGUACAUUUUCCUUGUUACGUCGACGUUUGAGCUCUUUGGGUGCAUGCCGUCGCGAGAUGGUGUGGACGUGCUUGUGGCGCACGCAUCGAUUGAGUGCUACACGCAGGCGUGGUAUGAGCUUCUUCCACUUGCGGUGAUGGGCAUACUGCUGUAUGUCAUUUUGCUGCCUGCGGUGUAUGCGUAUGGAGUGUGGCGAGUGCAAGCUACCGAGGCGGCGAUGUCCGACGACCACUAUGCGGCCUGGACUGCGUUCUCGUCGCUUGUGUUCAAGUUCCGGCGUUCACGGCGGUGGUGGAUCUUUGUCGGCAUGGUGCGGAAGCUCGCGAUUUCUGUGGCGAUUGCUUCGUUCCCGGCCGAGCCAUUGGUGCAGGCGGUGUGCUCGCUGGGAGUGCUUGUGGCCAGUCUUGUGGCGCAGCUGCAGCAGCGGCCAUACCGGCUGCGGCAGCACAACCAGGUGGAAUGGGUGCUGACCUCGCUCAACGUCGCGCUUAUCAUGUGCGGAAUCAUGUUCUUCAUUGACCGUUGGUCAGCAGAGACGUCGCAGGCGACGACUGUGGUGACGAUUGCGCUGCUUGCGGCUUCUGCGCUGUACAUUGGAUAUGUGGUGUACGUGGAGCUGAGCAGAGCGGCGACGGCGCGGCCGGUCGACCGCGACGCAACGACACGGGAGCUUUUCGCACGGCGGCACAUUCCGCUGACGGCGGACUUGGAGGCGAUGCUCGAGCGGCUCAAUGUGACGUCAACGUUUUUGUUCCGGUAUUUGGCGAUUGCGUCUGACGACGACUUGUUGGAGGCGGCGCGGGUGGCAUCGUCACUGCACCUUGGGCUCCAGCAGUCGGUGUCACUCAACUCGAUGGGCCUUGUCAAGUGGUCGUCUGACUACCGCAUCGGAAGCGGAGCCAUCUCGUCGCGGUCAUCGGCGUCGCGCAACUCGGCCCCUGCAGCAUACGCGUCGCUGCCGGUCCUGGGUACGUCGCGUAACUCCGUUGCGCCGGAGCAAAGCCUUGGGUCUGCUGCGUCGGCGGCUGCACGACGGGCAGCGCGGGCGAAUGACUCGUGGUCGUCGACGUCGUUGGCGCACUCGCAGUCGCAGCAACAGAUCCCUGCAGCAUUAACGGGCGAGCUGCUCACAGCCAACGUCCCGUCGCUGCUCUCGCAGCACUGGCACGGACCGAGCGGCAUUGAGUUGCAUUCGGCGGAAGGCGGAGUGCCGCGGAACGUGUCGACGUUUGUGACGCCAGCAACAUCGCCGUCGUGCACCUCGUCGUCCCUGAAUGUUGUUGUGCCGGACGGCAAGACAGGCGGGCUCAUCGAUGAGGAGAUUCUCGCUGAGACAGCGGACAUGGACGAUGAGCUCGGGGCCUUCAUUGCCGGCCUGACACGCAACGUGUCAACAAUGACGCCGGCGUCGACAUCGCGAACUGGGAUGGGCUCGCCAAAGUCUCUGGCGUCAACACCGACGGCGCGGGCAGCAAGUCGGCUCACUCAUGAUCCGAGCAAGCAACAAGCUGAGGCUACUCGCAGCGCUUUCGCACCGGCGACAACAACGGCGGCAUCGUCUCUGCUUGCUGGGGACGCGUCGCCGUCUUCGCAUGGGCUGUCAGGCGUGGAGUUGCGCAGCCAGAGCGAGACGGUGUUGAGGUCGAAGGGCAGCAUGCACAGUGGCGGCAGCAGCAGCAGCAGUAGCCUGGGCGACGUGUAAGCAGAACAAGUUUUGGAUUUAGCAGAGUUGAACUCAAAGAGCAAAAACGGCCGGGUGGUUGGC